AUGUCUGCGAUCGUUAAAUACUUCAAAAGUUUGAUGCUAUGGGAACUUCUGAAGGGCCUGUGGCUUACCCUUAAGUAUCUGUUCAAGCCAAAAGUUACGGUGCGCUACCCGGAAGAGAAAACCCCAAAGUCCAAUCGGUUCCGUGGCCUGCAUGCGCUACGCCGAUACCCCAAUGGCGAGGAACGCUGCAUUGCCUGCAAGCUUUGUGAGGCCGUUUGUCCGGCGUUGGCGAUAACCAUUGAUUCAGAACAGCGCGCUGAUGGAAGCCGGCGCACUACACGCUACGACAUUGAUCUAUUCAAAUGCAUUUAUUGUGGUUUUUGCGAAGAGUCCUGCCCGGUUGAUUCAAUCGUUGAGACCCAUAUCCAUGAGUUUCAUUUCGAGAAUCGUGGCGAAAAUAUCGUCACCAAGCCUCAGCUUCUGGCAAUCGGAGACCGUUACGAAGAAGAGAUCGCGCAAGCCCGUCAAGCGGAUGCAGCGUACCGAUGA